UUUCUUUUCCGAAAACCGUCUCGCGGCUCUCCGACCACCUCACACACCGUGGGGUUAAUUACGCGCCUCGCAAACAGGUUGCGCGAUUUUUCGUUGUUUACACGCUCGUGAAUCGAACUGGUUUCGAUGCUUUCCCGCGCUAGUUGCCUUGCCGCACAGUUAUUUGCAAAGCCGGUUGCCCGCCGUGUACUCCUCCAACCCGCAGCCAACAUGAGUGGUUACAUGAAGAAACUCCUCGACACCAAUGUCUGGGACAACGAUCCGGAGCUGUACGACAUGAUGAAGUCGGAGAAGAAGCGGCAGGUCGGCAGUUUGGAGAUGAUCGCCUCGGAGAACUUCACCACGCUUUCAGUAUUGCAGUGCCUUAGCUCCUGCUUGCACAAUAAGUACUCGGAAGGGUUACCGGGACAACGUUAUUACGGUGGCAAUGAGUUCAUUGAUCAGGUGGAGAUUCUUGCACAGAAACGUGCUUUGGAGGCUUAUAACUUGAAUCCAGAGGAGUGGGGUGUGAAUGUGCAGCCCUACUCUGGAAGUCCUGCUAAUUUUGCAGUGUACACAGCCGUUGCGGACCCACAUGGUAGAAUUAUGGGCUUAGACCUUCCUGAUGGUGGUCAUUUAACCCACGGUUUCGCCACACCAACGAAGAAAAUCUCCGCCACCUCGAUUUUCUUCGAAUCCAUGCCCUAUAAAGUCGAUCCCGUGACUGGACUGAUCGAUUAUGCACAGCUGGAGAAGUCUGCGAAGCUCUUCAAACCGAAAGUGAUCGUCGCUGGCGUCAGUUGUUACUCACGCGCGCUCGACUACAAGAAAUUCCGCCAGAUUGCCGACGAUGUGGGCGCGUUGUUAUUCAGCGACAUGGCACACAUCUCUGGUCUUGUAGCGGCUGGUGUUACACCCUCACCGUUCGAAUACAGCGACAUUGUCUCCACAACCACGCACAAAUCCCUGCGUGGUCCUCGUGCCGGCGUUAUUUUCUUCCGUAAAGGCGUACGCUCUGUGAACGCAAAGGGCGAGAAAGUUAUGUAUGACUUAGAAUCGCGUAUUAACCAAGCAGUUUUCCCCGGUCUGCAGGGCGGACCACACAAUAACACGAUUGCUGCGAUUGCCACCACUAUGAAACAAGCAAAGACGCCUGAAUUCAAGGCGUACGCCACUCAGGUAGUUGCUAAUGCGCGACGACUUGCGUCCGGUCUGCAAUCGAAGGGAUACAAAAUCACCACCGGUGGUACCGAUGUUCACAUGUUGUUAGUAGACUUGAGCAAUACAGGUGUGUCCGGUGCCAAGGCUGAGUAUAUCCUUGAAGAGAUCAACAUCGCUUGUAAUAAAAACACCGUACCCGGAGAUAAAAGCGCUUUGAAUCCGUCCGGAUUCCGUUUGGGUACCCCUGCGAUCACCACACGUGGUUUAAUCGAGAAGGAUAUCGACACCGUUGUUGAUUUCAUCGAUCGUGGAUUGAAACUCGCCAAGGAGAUCAGCGCCGUCUCAGGACCUAAACUCGUCGAUUACAAGCGGGUGCUUCAUGAGGAUAAGACUCUGUCGGCGAAAGUUCACGCACUCAAGGCUGAAGUUACCAAAUUCAGCGAGACCUUCCCGCUGCCUGGACUCGAAGAGUACUAAAAUACAUAAAUCUCAUUUCUAUAUCACUAUUGUCAAACAAAAUUGUGUACAAACAUGUUAAACGUGCCUGAAUAUUUUGUUAAAUUAAAUAAUACGGUUGUCAAGUCGA